AUCUGAUUGAUUUUAGGUCCAAACUCGACCGCGGUCAGGCCUAUUUAGCAUUACACGACACGCGCGUUCUGCAGGAAAAAAUAUGCAUUUUAUUAUCUGGCGAGCAGAUGCCACGUGGUAACUUAUUCAUCGUUUCAAUACUCAACUGGUUAUCCGCUCUCCUCCACCGAUUACAAGUCACCACCUAACUUCACCACCAUAAACAACUCAAGACUAUUGACACCGCCGCCUCCUCCUCCUCCUCUUCCGCCACCACUAUCGCCACCAAUUAAAGAAGAAAAAAAGAUACAUACACAGUCACACAAAAGUUAAUUCCGGCGCAAUCUGAAAUAACAAAGAAAGAUACUAAAAAGAAAAUGACAGAAGAGAGCAGUUCUAGGGUUUCUACUUCGGAGGAUUCCACCGCGAACGUCGAUGCUUCACAAUCGAGGCAAAGGAAAAAGAGAAAGUGGGAUCAGCCUGCAGAGUCAUUGGUUUCAGCUGGAGUUGCGCCUAUGGUGAUACCUGGUGGUGUUGUGCCAUUGGCCAACAUGGGUUCUCUUGCUGGAAUCUCUCUGCCUGGAAUUGCUUCUGUCUCUGGUGCUCUUUUAACUAAUAGUCAACUGGUAGCUAAUUCUGCAUCCAUUCCAACCAUGUUUCAGGUGCCUUCUAUACCACAAAUCACUACUACAACGAAAGCAAAUCAACCUAAGAUCCAGGAUGAGUUAACAAUUGCACGAGAAAUUGUUAUAAAUGACGCAGAGUCCUCCAUUCGUUACAAGCUCACUAAGCGUCAGACGCAUGAAGAGAUCCAGAAGUGCACUGGUGCUGUCGUGAUAACUAGGGGAAAAUACCGUCUGCCAAAUGCCCCACCUGAUGGUGAAAAACCAUUGUAUCUUCACAUAUCUUCUGGGGCUCAUUUGAAAGAUACCGCGGAAAGGAUUUUAGCAGUUGAUCGUGCAGCUGCCAUGGUUGAAGAAAUUCUGAAACAGGGUCCAAAUUUACAGCCUGCUUUGUCUGUUGUUCCUGUGGCCAGUGGUAGUGGAGUGAAGGCACUGAGCACAUGUGUGUAUUUGGGCUUUGACGCAGACGAAUCAUUGAACAUUGCUGCUCGAAUUCGUGGACCAGAUGAUCAGUAUAUAAAUCACAUUAUGAAUGAAACAGGAGCAACUGUUGUACUAAAAGGGCAUGGCUCUGGAAAUUUUGAAAUCCCAAAUAGUGGAGGAGCACAGCAACCACUGCAUCUAUUCCUGUCUGCUAAUAAUUCAAAAAGUCUUGAAGAUGCAAAGCGUUUGGCUGAAAACCUAUUGGAUACAGUUAGUUUAGAGUUUGGUGCCUCAAGGGUCUCAUCGAGUAAGAUUUAUAAUGCUGUUCCCCCGCCACAGCAGUUAUUAGCUGGUGUUCAAAGUUCUGGGAAUGAGCAGAAAGUGAAUACAAUUCCUGCUGCUGGUUUGGCUUUAUCAGCGAUGAGCUCCACUCCCCUUAUUCCAGCUUCUUCAGUUGCAAUCUAUAGGACAACUCCUGUCUUUUCUCAAGGGACCGUGUAUCAACCUGGGGGACUGGUAAACUGUGGCUCUACUCAAUCGACCUUGGUUGGUCAUCCCCAGCCUUUAAUUAAUGGAGGGACAAGCUAUAGUGGGUAUGGUGGGAUAUAUCCUCAGGCCACACCUUUGCAACAAGUUGCCCUUGCCCUUAGGCAGUCAACAGCUCCAGUUACUUCUACAAUUGCACCUAUAACAUCCGUAGCAAACACGGCUCCUACACCUAGCACAAGCUCCAGCUCCAUUCCUGAGAAGGAGAAACGUCCUGCACAGAGGCGGAAGUUCCAGGAGUUACCGAUAGGUUCAAAGGACCCUGCAAAGUCUCAUCAGGUACCAGGAUCAUUAAAGCCUGGUGAACAAGCAAUAACAAGCAGUGUGAGAAAUACAUCAUCAAAGGGAAUGCCACCACCACCACCUCCACGAUCUAUGCCCUUGUCAGCAUCAGUUAAUGGGAUGCCACCACCUCCUCGACGAACUCUGUCUCCACCAUCAUUAUCUAAUGGAAUGCCACCGCCACCUCCUAGUACCAUGUCCCCACUGCCACUUCCUCCAAAAUUUAGUUCAUCAAAUACUGUAGACAAACUGCAUGAGAAGAACGGGGUCUCCAAUAAAAGCAAAUAUGAUACUGUUCCUGUUGUUUCAGAUACCUUGGUCAAAUUAAUGGAAUAUGGGGAGGAAGAUGAUGAUCCUGAGGAAAGUGAAGAACCUGAUCUUGGGAACUCCAGGGUAGUGGCAGAUCGAAAACCAUUUUGGGCUCUAUGACCGAUAUUGGCGGUGCAGCCAGUGGAUUAUUAACAAUGAGCUGGAGUGGUUUUGCAUGUGAAGCAUAAAUUGUAAUUGGUUUUGAUAUACUCGACAAAAUGUGUCGGGUGUGGGGGAGUAUUAUCGCUCAGAUGUAAGGUAUUGAGGUGCUCUUUCGGCUUCUGCUGCCUGCUGACUCUGGCAGGUAUUGUAGGGUGGGUACUGUGUAGGGAUGAUAUGUAUUGUAUUUUGUCCAUAUUAUGUAGGUUACUAGUUUGCUGUAUCUUGAUUCUAGGCAUAGAUUAAAUGUUGUGGCAAUGCUGCAGAUUCGGUGAAGGGACUUGCCCUUAUACAAGCAGAAAAGAUAAGUCAUUAGUAUGAUUUAGAAAAUGCCCUUACAAAAAUCAGCAGAGAUGCCCUUGGAGAUUGAACUAAGUUUUGGAAAUAUGGCCUUUAUAUAAAAAAUUUCUGCUUCGAGUUUCA